AUGACGAGGCUCAAACGAGCCUGCUCGUCCCGCCAAGAGCUCAAACACUUCAUUCAAACCAAAGAUCAUCCCGAAGAGGGAACUGCUUACUUUAACGAAGACUUACUGCCCACUCCUCUAGAGCACCGAAGCUGGACAGCUUUACACUUCUUCACGUAUUACUUGACGCAGACAUUUUCUCCCGGCUCUUACAAUCUCGGAGCUACCCUCAUCUCAAUAGGGCUGCAAUGGUGGCAUGGCAUGAUUGCAGCCAUAAUCGGCUCCGCGAUUCUCAGCGUCGUGGUUAUUCUCAACUCCCGCGGUGCAACUCGCUAUCACAUCGGAUUCUCAGUGUAUGUUCGAGCUGCUGCUGGUGUGAGUGGUGCGAAACUGUUCAUCGUCGUCCGCGCCUCGGUUGCCGUCAUCUACUUCGCAACCCAGUCAUUCUACGGAGGCAUGCUCACCUCAGUGGCCCUCAGAGCAAUAUUCGGCUCCGGAUGGAACGACAUUCCCAACCGCCUACCGGUGAGCGCGGGGAUCACGUCCAAGAACCUGUUAGCGUUCUUCAUCUUCUGGAUCAUCCAAUUCCCGGUGAUGUUCAUCCAUCCAACUAUCCUUCGACACUUGUUUGUGGUGAAGUCAGUAGCUACAACUGCGGGACUGGUCGGCGUCCUAGGGUGGGCAGUUCAUGCAAAUGGAGGGAGUUUGGGUAGUUUCAACUUCGGUGCAAAGUCUCUUACUGGAGCAGCGCUCGUGUGGCCAAUGAUCCAAGCUAUCAACAGCGUCAUGGCGGCGCUCUGCCCGAUCCUUGUUAACCAGCCUGAUGUUGCUCGUUAUGCUACGCGUCCAGCACAGGCAACCUGGUCACAAGCCAUCGGUAUUCUAGUCAGUAAGGUGCUCGUCAUGUUCCUGAGCUGUGCUACAACCAGCGCGGCUGCUGGUGUUCUUGGCAAGAGCUAUUGGAACGUGUGGGACCUCUACAACGCUAUUUUGACCGAGUACUGGGGUCCUGUAGCGCGUGCUGGGAUGUUCUUCGCCUCUGCGGGCAUGAUUCUCGCCAUUAUCGCGACCAAUGCUGGCUCAAACUCCCUGCCUGUCGGUGCUGACACCAGCGGGCUUUGGCCAAGAUAUAUUAACAUCGUUAGGGGUCAGGUGAUAUGCGCCUUGCUUGCACCACUGUGCGUGCCGUGGAAGAUCAUCGCCAGCGCGAGUUCUUUCCUCACUUUCCUGGGGUCAUACACUGUGUUCCUGAUGCCAACCUGUGGUAUCAUGAUUGUAGACUACUGGAUUAUCCAUCGAGGCAAUCUCCAUGUUCCAAGUCUAUACACGAAAGCAGAAGGCGCUCCAUACACAUACUACAAAGGGUGGAAUCUACGCGCGGUUGCCGCAUGGGUUGCCGGGGUGGCGUUCACUGUACACGGCAUUGCUGGGAAUCUCGACCCCAAUUCCGUCAAUCAGGCGAGCAAGAAUAUGUACAAACUUGGAUUUCUACUUUCUCUCGCUAUGGGCUCGUUCGUUUACUACGUGGCCUGUCUUAUCUGGCCCAUUCCGGUCUACCCAUGGGAGCUGGAGCCACAGGCAAGCACAAACUUCGAGAGCAUGGCGCCAUCAGAAGGGUUCUUCCCAGGGGAGAGUGUCGAUACUAUUCGUGGAGUUCUUUACUCUAUUGAAGGGACUGCAGUAAGGCAAAGCAUUGGGAAGAGCGCUGGUGCCGAGUUUGUCAGCGAGAAGUAUGCGUUUUGA